AGGGAAGGAGACUGGGAGCACAAAGAUACACUUGUACUGAUUCGGAGCACUGUAGAUCUUCCAGAAAACAGACACAAUGAACAGUACAGCACUUACCCUGAUUCUUGUACUGCUGAUGUCUUCAACCCUGCUUCAAGGAAUUUCAAUUGUGGGGCACAGUGAGAAAUGUCUUUGUAGUGGAACUGGUAUUUCUCACUUCCAAUUAAGCCGCAUUAAGAAGCUGGAUGUAUUCCCCGAAACUCCCAGAUGUGCCAAGGUGGAGCUUCUUGCUACAUUUAUGAAUGGGAUCCGCACAUGUUUAAAUCUCAAAUCACCGUGGGUCAAGAGAUUAAUGGGAAAUCUACUGAAAAAAAGGUUUGGAUAAAAGAAAGGGGCUACCCUACAACGCACACACCUUUUCAUCUUCACAUCCGCUUUACUUUCCAAUCAUAUUAAAAAGACUGUUUCUUUUUUUUAUUCAGAUUGUAAAAAAUUAUUUCAAUAAUAAAAAAACCCUUUAUUAAAGAAAUCAAUGUGGAUGUAUUGUAUGGGGACUACUUUAUGAGGCGUACGUUGUACCAUCUGUAACGUGCACAAUGUAUCUGUUUAUUAUGGUUUGUGUUCUUAAUCUUCAUUUAUUUAUUAGAAAUGUUUAAUGACAGCAACAUCAUUUUUUACCUUUGGGAUUGUCUCAUGAAACAAAUAUAUUGCGAGUGAUUGAUCAGCAUUGAAAAUGUUUACAUAAGUACUGUAGGUAGGUAUUUUACAAAAUAAUUAAACAAGAGUUUUAAUGGUUAGAGUCUAUACUAAAUAGCUAAAGAGGUAUUCAUUACAUUGAUCUUUUCUGAGAGUGCAAAUGCCAGAUCACCUCUAUUGAUCUUUAGUUCUGUGAUAGCACACACAGGAGCAUGAGGAGCAGCAAGUCUGUCUUCUUGCUGCUGCCAAAGGCCAGCCCAGCUAUCUGGUGGAACUAGUGUGCCAUCAGUGAGUUUUUCAUGAUUUGCAGUCUCCAGGCACAUUGCAGAAAUUAUACUUGCUCAAGCUUACUCAGAGACUGCCCAAAGGGGAAAAUAAGCUUAUCAAACAUGCCUAAUACAAUGUUGAAACAGAUAAUAAACAGAUCAAAAAUAAAUAUUUAAAUUAAGAAUGUGUAAAGUAUUCCUUUAAUUAAAACUGUCUUAAUGUAGCGAUUAACUCCAAACUGAAAGUAGAGUUUAUCACAGAAAUGCUUUUGUUGUUGUUGUUGUUGUUGUUGUUUUAAACCAGUUAUUAUCUAUCUUAAUACCAUGCACUAAUACCAAUGUAUGUAUCGCAUUGGUAUAGGGCAGCAGUGUGGAGUAGUGGUUAGGGCUCUGGACUCUUGACCAGAGGGUUGUGGGUUCAAACCCCGGUCGGGGACCCUGCUGUUGUAUCCUUGGGCAAGGUACUUUACCUAGAUUGCUCCAGUAAAAACCCAACUGUAUAAAUGGGUAAUUGUAUGUAAAAAAAAAUAAUGUGAUAUCUUCUAACAAUUGUAAGUCGCCCUGGAUAAGGGCGUCUGCUAAGAAAUAAAUAAUAAUAAUAAUUGUUCUUCUGCUUUGGAAAGAAUGAUUUUUUGGGGGUUGGACUUACUAUUUUUCAAAUUAAGCUCAAUAAAUACUGCUUAAAAUGUA